UUUCUAUCCUUUUUCUUUUUCUUGUUCUUCUCUACUACUUCACUCUCUCUCUCUCUCUCUCUCUAUAUGCUACGACGCAACGAGUUCCGCUCAUUUCCUAAACACUCUCCUUUCGGAUUCACUAUUCACUUCCUUCUUUCUUUUUCUCAAAUCAGGGAUACAAAAUGAUAGGAUCCUUUAUUACUAGGAUACUUGUGAUGGUUCUUGGCUAUGCCUAUCCAGCUUAUGAAUGCUAUAAAGCAGUUGAAAAGAAUAGGCCUGAAAUUGAACAGCUACGCUUUUGGUGCCAGUAUUGGAUUUUGGUGGCUCUUUUGACGGUUUGUGAGCGAAUUGGUGAUACAUUUAUAUCAUGGGUUCCAAUGUACAGUGAAGCCAAGUUGGCAUUUUUUAUAUACCUUUGGUACCCGAAAACAAAGGGAACAACGUAUGUGUAUGAUUCCUUCUUUAGACCGUAUGUUGCGCAACAUGAAACAGAUAUUGAUCGCAGCUUGUUGGAACUAAAGACACGGGCAGGAGAUAUUGCAGUUUCAUAUUGGCAAAAGGCUGCUAGUUAUGUUCAGACUAGAAUGUUUGACAUUUUGCAGUAUGUUGCUGCUCAAUCAACGCCUACAGAUCGCCCUACUCAGCAACGACGGGGACCGAGUGUGAGGGCUCGCCAACCUGCAACAGGCAAUAAUAAUAGCCAACAAGCUCCUGCAACAACACCACAAGCUGAGGCUCCGACUUCUCCCACUUCUUCUAGCUCAUCUUCAAGUCAGAAGGAAGUAGCAGAGGAGUUGGGUACUUCUCAAGUACCAAAAACACUCUCCUCUUUAUCAAGUUUAAUUAGUCAGAAGAAGAAUUCUACACCGGAAUCUGGUAACCGAACCGCACCUGCAGAGGCAGAGCCAAUGGAGAUUGAAGCAGCACUCCCUACAUCCUCUUCUGCAAAUGAAAAUGAAAACCCUUCUUCGAAUGAAACAAUAAUGGAAGAUAGCAUUAGGGUUACACGGGGCAGACUAAGAAAAACUAGAUCAUAAAAAAAAAAGGAAUAGGUGGAUUAUGAACGAAUUUAAUUCCUCUAAUUGAGUCAAUUAAAUUGUUUGACAUUUGACCAUUCAUUGUAAGUUUAUUACAUGAAUAAAAUAAUAGUUUAAUUUAACUUACCUAAUA